CCACGAACAUGAUUUCUUUUCAAAAUGUCCAGGAGAGACCAACUUAGAUUUAUUGGUUCCACAGUUAGCGCAGAUAUUUCUUUAAGAAAUGAAAUAUUUACAGCUCGAAUAAGCUCUGAGAAGAAUGAAGGACAAGAAAAGUACUCCAUCAGUAUGAGCCGAGGGUCCAGUUCUGUUCUCCUUGAGAAAACGAUUGAAAGGGGAAACUCUAUACCUCGGUAUUCUUAUCAAGUUGAAGAAAUGGACCAAGAGGAACUAGUUGAGUGGUGUUUGCUAUGGCUUGAUGCUGUUCUAAAACGAGCCUCACGAGUUGAAUCCUCUCCUCAUCUAUCCUUGGACACCAUUGAGACAAUAUAUGGUUUAGUGCUGGGAUAUCUAAACCAAGAAUUCAACUAACAUCUUAUUGGAACGCACAUUUAUAAUCUUAUAUUAGAAUAAAAACAUCUUAUUGGAACACACAUUUAUAAUCUUUUAUUAGAAUAAAGUUUAAUGAAAAAAA